AUGAUCCCCUCUACAUUUACCCCAAGCCUCACUCGAAGGGACACGGCCAAAUCGGGCGCUGGAUAUGAACCUUCCCAUGGCCUCCCGCCACCGGUCUCGAGUGGAGGGGGUCUGCUAGGGCCGCAGAGUGCAGGCGCCAUCUAUCAACAGAUCCACGAGAUGGCCGCGAAACGCAUAUCAACCCUCGACUACCUGAGGAAAGCACACGAAGGAAGAGUAUAUUGGUUUAAUACCGUGCAUUUUUCGCGCGCUGAUAUCGCCCGCCUACCUUAUUUCGAAGCUAAGAAGCUAUCUCGCCGAGCCAUCAACUAUCUACUCCUGGGAUUGUCUCUGCCCACUAUACUCGAUGUGAAUUCUACGCCGUUUGAAUAUCUGCGAGCUCUUAAUGCUCUUCUGCUGGAGUUUGAAGCCUUCCAGCAAGUGCAUCCCCCGGAUGGGAGCUCAUCGUCAAGUUUAGCGAGAGCCCGUAUCCCCCAGAUGUUCAAGCGUGCGGCGCAUGCAGGCACAAAGACUCGCCGUGCCAGCUCGGCAACAGAUAUUGGACUUCCCAUGCAAUCCAGUGAUCCGUCAGAUUUGAAGAAUAUGGCUGGGAAUCUUGGGUCGGCCUCCUCUGGGGCCUCUGUCACUUCCUUCCCCCUUACAGAAUCCUCAGAUCUCCUUCCCGGGGAAGAAUAUACGUAUCUUCUGACGCCUUCGUUGCCUUUUGAGCCGGAUUUCUUCGAGACGUUUGCGACGCUAUGUGAUGUUUUGAUUGACUGCUACAGCCGUCUCACUGCGCUCGUCUCUUCACCCUCGGUCUGCACGGUAGCCUUGGGUGAAACGUUCUCAAAGGCGGACGCCAGACUACGGAAGAUCAUGGUGGCUGGCGCAGUGCGGGAGUUUGAAGAUGCGAGCCGGAACAGUGCCAAAAGCGAAGUUGCCGGUGUGAGUCGGGUGGUGCUUGGGGGACUUUUGGGAUAA